AUGGACACGGUCAUUCCAACUCUUCUUCUUCCCGGUUACGAUACCGACAAUCUUCUUGAACACAAGUUGUGUCGCAUCAUCAUAGAUCAAGAUGCCAUUGGUAGAGCAUGGAUCGUUUCUAAUACAGGUGCUGCUGAUAGCAGAGACAAUUUAGUGGGGGUGGGUGGAAAAAAGGAUACUGCUACAACUUCUGCUGGUAUGCUACUGUCUGUCUGUUUGAGCAGACAAGCUAGACAGACAGACAGACAGGCAUACAUACAAAGUAUACAGAGUAUAGUAGAGAAUUCCAGUUUAGCAAACCCCCUCUGUAAAUAA